GCGGAGUCUUUGGACUCGGUAAUCCCGGCCCUGUCCUCCCCCGACCAAACACAGUCCCUGGAUCCAUGGGUGUCGAGGAGGAGCGCGACGGCGAGGAGCAACGCCGCCCCCUCCUCUCCUCCACCCCGCCAGCCGCGGCGGACCCGCAGCAGCAACAGUACCAGUUCCUGGGCCGGAGCACCUCUUCAGUGCUGCGCGGCGGUGGCGGGGGCUGGGAAGGGCCUGAGGUGAGCGCCGACGAGGUCAGGUCCGCCGCUGGCUUCCACACGUUCCAGGGCCCACCUCCCAACGGCGACAACGCCUAUGCUUACCCGCCGUCCAUUCAUAGCGCCAUGCUCUCCCCGUCCCCAUCUCAUGCCCCACCGUCUCCCCAUCCAAAUGAAGGGUUGGCGAUUGUUCCUCAAGGGCCAUAUCCGUAUGGUGGCAGUUACCAACCUUCUGAGAGCGUCGGGAGGGAUGUACUGGAUGAGGUGGAGAUCCGACAGCUACUCAUUGACCAUAUUGGACAUCGAUGCUGUUGGGGAAGUCACCCUGCCCGCACAUGGAAAAUUACCUCCAUUGAGGACUGCAAUGUCUAUGUUGGCACCUUGGAAACCUUCAUCGAGGAAAGAUACAUUAUUACAAAAAAGGAGCCCUUUGAAAGUGGGAAUAUAGAUGGAAGAGAAAAAGGUCCUUUGCCUGGAUUGUGGGAACUUGAUUUGAGGUCUAAGUUUCCUGUACUUUUUGUACCAGAGAAAGAAGUGACUGUCAAGAUUCCACAUUCAGAUAUUAUUGAAAAGUGCUCAGAUUGUGAGGGUCGUGGAGAGAAACCAUGCCCUACAUGCAAUGCUGGUCAGGCUCACGGGUUUUAUAAAGCAAAUCAGAUGACCCAGUGUGGUGCAUGUCAUGGCAGAGGUUUACUUGCUCACCAAGAUGGAUCUGAUACAGUAUGUGGAAUGUGCAAUGGUAAAGGAAUGUUACCUUGUAUAGCAUGUGGAUCACGUGGAUUAGUGACAUGCAACACAUGUACUGGAUAUGGUUCCCUCCUUGCACAAAGCAUGGCUCAUGUUCAAUGGAAGACGCUGUCAGCUAGAAAAGUUAGUGCAGCUAGAGGGGCUGCCUCGGUCCCUGAAGAAGUUUUCCACAGAGCCAAAGGAGUGCAGCUAUGCAACAUACAGGCAUACCAGUGCACUCCUGCAUUUUUUGCUGAUUCAUACCCACUCAACCAGUUCUCCUCAGAAGUCAUCGCUAGCCGGCUGCCAGUUCCACCAUCUGCAAGGGUUAUUUCCGAGAGACACAUCAUUUCAGUUGUGCCUGUAACCCGUGUCACAAUGGCGCGUCGCAAGCAGUCAUUUAGCUUCUAUGUCGUUGGCUACAGCAGGGAUGUGUUCAUAAGAGACUAUCCUUCGAAGUUUUGCUGGGGCCUCUGCUGCUGCUUCGAGUGGCUGGGGAAAUAGUUAUUUCCUGGGCACGAAUGAAUGCCUUCUUUCAGUGUGCAGUGUUUCAUUGUACAGAAGGCUGCGUGAAAGCUUAAAAUAAGCAUUGCGAAUUCUUGUAUUUUCUAUUAAAGAAUAUAUCUGUGCGUAUUGCAGUAUUAGAUUCUGCAUAUUUGGAUUUCCUGUGUAUAAGUACAUCACUGUAUAUAUUGUUCAGUGAAAAUAAAAAAUGGCGACGUCUGGCCAUUUCAAACGUGAUGUAUAGUAUUUUGAAAUGGCUUUUGAUCAGUUUACACAUGCACAGUGCAGUAUCGUUUUAUUCACUAUUAGUCCCGGAUACGUUUGUUUAACUGUUUUUUUCUAGUAAAGCAUAUAUUGUUGUU